GUGUGGGUAGGGCGCUACCGUGCAGUAUGGCGGACGAUGGGGACGGCAGGAGCGGAGUAGCUGACACAAGUGGCGGGCAGGGGACAACAACAGAGGUGUUGGAUCCAGGGCCCGGUCUCGUCGGCAUGCUUCUUAACUUGGCCUUGUUAAUUCUGUUUCUGGCCGCUUGCUACGGCGUUUACCGGCGGUGGUUCAGGAGGUCAGGCGCCGACGCGGGCCGGGGAGACGAGGCCUCGGCUUUGCCCAAGAUGGGCCGGCGGGACUUCACUCUGGAGCAGCUGCGGGAGUACGACGGCGUCCAGAACCCGCGCAUUCUCAUGGCCGUGAACAUGAAAGUCUUCGACGUGACGAGCGGCAAAAAGUUUUAUGGACGCGAGGGGCCAUAUGGGAUCUUUGCGGGUCGGGACGCCUCACGUGGUUUGGCUACGUUUUGUCUGGAGAAAGAUGCACUACGGGACGAAUAUGACGAUCUGUCAGAUCUCAACGCUGUUCAGAUGGAGAGCGUCAGAGAAUGGGAGAUGCAGUUUAUGGAAAAAUACGACUACGUUGGUCGCUUGUUGAAGCCUGGUGACGAACCAUCAGAAUACACAGACGAGGAGGACAUAAAGGACCAUCUGAAACACGACUGAUGUGACCAAAGCCUGAGACUCAGACCGCUAGCGUCCAGCCAAUUUGCCCCUUGUAGCCCAAGCAUCACUCUUUAGCCCAACAACUAUUGGACAACUACUAGUCUAUUGGAGUAGAUUCCACAGAUUAUGCAUCUCUUCUCCAAUAUUACAUCCCCAGGCACGAGUGUCCGUACGCCGACAGCAGAAAGUGUCCAGCAACAGCAGUGCUACAAAAUGGAUGGCUCAGAUAUAGGUCUGUUUGGCAACUUCCUGAUUGGAGCAUUAAAUCUAAACCAUACUUGCCUCAAGGUGUCCCUUUAUACCUGCUACAAACUCCUGUGGUUGUUCUUCCUUUCCUCCAUUCAUACCAUGCUCUGUGUGCAUUUUUGUUUUUCCCAGCUCUAGCACACCUGCUUCAACUCGUCAGCCAAAUAUUAAGUCCUUCUUGAGCUGAGUAAGGUGUGUUUAAGAAGGGAAAAUCAAAAACAUUUGAAUUUCCCAGGAUUAGGAUUGAGAAUCACCACAAAUUUGCGCUUUACGUCUUUUCUAAAUCUCCCUGUCUGCAUCUGGGCUUCGUCACAGUCCACCCAAAUCUACUGUAUUGGAAAAAGGUAUUAGUUACCCCUUCGCGGUUUCCCCCCUUCCUGCUCCACUGCAGCCACGGGCCUUGGCUUGGUCUCCUGUUCACCUCUGUAUACUGUAUACUUUCCAUAUGCUCUAAGCACUUAGCCUUGUAUGUUUCAGCAGUCCUGGGUCUUUUAAAAAAAAUCCUGCACAUGUGUAUGUCUUGGUAAUGGACUGGAAAUGUGAAAAGAUGUUAAAUGUAUGAAACACUGAAAUCCCACAUUUUAAUUCAGUUCUGUUGGUGAGAAGCCUUACGCUAAAUGAACUGUCCGAGAGAGAGGGGGGUGAAGUGGUGCGAUCCAAAACUGGAUCACAGCUGCACUUACUUUUUUUUUUUUUUUUUUUUUUUUUUUUUUUUUUUUUUUUUUUUUUUAAACACAGCUUCAUUUUAAAUCAACUGCAAAUUGAGGUGUCAUCCAGUUAGAAGGUCAGAUGUUAAUACCAUAAGCCAAUCUGAAGUGUGAGUUGUGGGUGUGUUCUGUUUCAGCAUUACAGAUUUUUCCCUUUUUUUUGGGUAUGGUAUGCACUUUUGGUGCCACGGUUUAAUCACAGUGUGAUUGUAUGCAUUCAGUUCAAGUGGGUGAAGAGGGAAAUAUUGGGAGUAGAGGAUUCUUGCCAGAAUUUUUUUUUUCUUUUAAACAAUUGAAAAAGUUUAGAAUGCAAAAGGGAAAUCAGCUUUCUAUCACUUAAAUCCUUCAAAUAUCAGUUUCUCAGUCAAUCCUGUUCCCCUCCAACUCCUAAACGGAAACAGUGCGAGUAGAAAUUGUGCCUUAUUUGUUUGUUUUUUUCCUGAAAACCAAUUUAUGGCAAAAAGAAAUAGAAUGCAAAGAGAAACUUAAUACAAAAAUAUUGCCCCUUUCUCACAUUGUAUUAAUUCUGUUGGUGGUGUUAAUACACUCUUACUAUGUGCCCGUUUUAACUAUUAAAACGAUGAAAAGGCAUGCUUUAGGCUCGAAAGAUCUUUCCCCACCUCAUUGCCACCUUGUACAUAGACUUUACAAAGUAUUCAGUGUUACUGCCAUGUUGCUGUAGUUAAUGGACUCUAUGUACUACUGUGUUGUAUUGGCCAUAAAUCUGUUCCAUCAUUCUUUCUCUCUCUCUUUAUUUUCUCUGCUGAUGUUCAUUUUAAGUGUGGAAGAAACAGUAUAAGAUCUUUUUUGGAGACUAGGCAGGGGUGCAAAGGAUUAAACACUUUUUUGUUGAAUAUUUUUUUGGGGGAAAGGGUGGGAGGUGAAAAGAAAACAAGUGGUGGAUUCUGUAAAUAUGUGUAUCAUUUUAUUGAAGCAUGUUUGGCAUAACUAUGAGCUAAUGCUGGUUUCUCCCCACGUCACGUAUUUAAUUGUUGGGACUCUGUGUGUGAGUGAGCGAGAGGAAGAGAUAUGUCGAUGCAUAAACAAAUAAACAGAUUUGGAUAAUAAA